AUGUCACACCGCCCACUCUCACCUCCAAAUACUGAUGGGACUACAGCCGGGCUCGAGCGUAUCCUGCGCGGCCUCCAAGCACUCACCAUAAUCUUCAGCGCGUACCCAUCCCUCAUAUCCCUCAUCCUCUUGACCUCGGACUCGCCCCUCCUCGAGGCCCUCGGCCCGCUGAAGGGUCACCUGAACCUGACGCGCCGCUUCAUCCGCUUCUUCUGGUUCCUCAACUCCCUGGGCACGUCGUACAACCUCUUCAGCUCGGCCCGGCCCGGCGGCUCCUCCCGGGACAGCAGAGGCGCCGUCGGCCUGGAGACCUGGCUCGACAUGGCCAAGUUCACGCUCCUCGGCCUCUACGGCGGCAUCGAGUCCCUGACGCUGCCGGACCUGCUGGGCGUCCCGCAGCUCGAGGUCUUUGGCGCGGAGCGCACGAGGGCGCUCAACCUCGAGGCACAGCGGUUCUGGCUGCUCGCGCUGGUGUCCGGGGUGCUCGCGAACCUGGCAAAGAUGCUCAAGGCGUUCGCGCACGCGCCCGUGCCGCAGCACGGCCACGGGUACGGCACCGGCGAGCAGGCGCAGCAGAAGCCGGGCGGCGGCGGCGAGGAGAAGCUCGACUGGGAGGCGGAGCGCGCCCGGCUCAGGGCCAUCGUGGCCAAGCGGCGGGAAGAGAGGAAGAGGUGGAGGAGGAACGUGGCCUUCCAGGUCAGGUCGCUGGGACGCAAGGUCAUCGCGGACUCGUUGGACUGUCUCAUCCCCGGCGCCGUCUUGGGCUGGAUGAAUGUGCAGCCGGGCACCGUCGGGGUUGCCAUGCUCAUCACGACUUACCUGACGGGCAGGGACAUAUGGGAGAGGUGCGGCGCCGCAGCGGAGGCAAAGAUAGCUUCUUGA